UUUCCCUCCUGUUGCCCAUUCCCUGAUUACUCCCUCUGCAUAUUUAAGCCCUGUGUUUUCCUGUGCUCUCUGUCGCGUUCUACCGUUUAUUAUGCUGUGUGUUUUGUCUGCUUGCCUGAGUUUAUGUUUGAAGUCUUAGUUUUGUUACCUUUUUGAGUUCAGCAUUAAAGCUGUUUUGAGUUCACCUUUUUGCCUCCGAACGUCUGCACUAUGGGUCCACCAUUCCUGCCUGCACACAGCCUUAACCUAACAGAAGAACGCGACCAGAACAUGGACCCAGCAGACUCCAUAUGGUAUCGGCGACCCGCAGUUUCUGCCUUCCUCAGGGAGAGCGUGAGGCAGGAGGCUAAGCAUGCCCAGGAGCUCCAGUCACCCUUCUAUGGGUCUCGUUUGGCUUUCGGAGGGCCCCGCAGCCUCCAAACCGCCAUGGCUACGGCCGAGCCGGCACCUAUGCCUCGGAAGAUCAGAUUGAGCACGUGCUCAUUCUCUCCGGUCGCUACACCAGAUUUCCAGUCCAACAAGAGGGUUAAACGGCAAAGGAAGAAGGAUUACGUGACGCCGGACGUUAGACUCACUCCGCUGCAGUCCUUCGCUCUGUUUUUGGGUCUGCCCCGUUCUGAGCUUCACAAACUCUCUGCGUCCUCAUCGCAGCCCGUUCUUUUGGAGGAUACGCAGCCCAGUUUGCCAGCUCCCACUUCCCGGAGAAAGCGACGCUCACGCUUUCGCCACUCUGUCUCUGCUGAGCCACUCCCCGUGGUGAGUUGUAAUGACUGUUUUCAUUCUGCUCCCUCUGAGCUGGAAAAAGACAAUCAUGGGAACACUGUAAAUUCUGAGACUGUGAAAACUGUUAAGACUGUUAGACGUGGUGGUGGUAGGAAGCUAAGAAACUUUGUAAAGGAGUCUGUGUUUGCUGAACCUACUCCUUCGCCCCGUUGUGUUCCUGCUCCCAGGGCAGCUCGGGCCCAGCAUUCCCCUGCACCUGUUUCAGUGCUUCAGGUGAGGGAGGCUGAGGUCCAGCUGGUCCCUGCUCCAGUGUCCAGGCCGGCUGAGGCUCUGCCUGUCGCUGCACCCGUACCAGCUCCUCGGGUGGGGACAGCAGCUGCCCAGCCAUUGAUGGUGCCUGUCCCGGCUCCCAGGGUGAGGAUGACCGGGAACCAGUUAGCUCCUGCACCCGUACCUUCUCCUCGGGUGGGAGUGGCUGGUGUCCGGCAGGUACCUGCACCUGUUUCUGACCUCGCUGGGGGCUCAGGUGAGCCCGUCCAGCGGUUUUCUUCAGGUUCUGGAGGCUCAGGGGAACUAGCUCAGUUUAUUGCUAAUCCACCACCUAACCCACCAUUACUACCAUCGUUACAACAGUCAAUAGAACUUAAACUUCUAUCAAUAGCUCGAACAUUAGCUCACCUCUCAGCUCAGUCACCUGUUCAGUUACCACCCGCCUCGCCUGGAGGGUCCGAGGGGCCCGUCCAGCCUCCUGCCUCGUCAGCUGGGGAUCUUGGAGGACCCAGCCAACACAUCCUCAUCUCUACUGACGGUUCCGGGGAGACCGUUCAGCCACCACCUACGCCGUCGCCUGCAGUGCCACCGCCUGCGGCUCCCACGCCGUCGCCUGCAGUGCCACCACCUGCGGCUCCCACGCCGUCGCCUGCAGUGCCACCACCUAUUUCGUCGCCUGCAGCUUCGUCCUCGCCUGGUCCAGCUUCAGCUUCGUCUCCUGGUCCAGCUUCAGCCUCGUCGCCUGGUCCAGCCCCAGCUUCAGCGCCUGCAGCGCCUACGCCGUCGCCUGGUCCAGCCCCAGCUUCAGCGUCGCCUGCAGUGCCACCACCUGCGGCUCCCACGCCGUUGCCUGCAGUGCCACCACCUGCGGCUCCCACGCCGUCGCCUGCAGCGCCACCAUCUGUUUCGUCGCCUCUGGCUUCUGCCUCGCCGUCGCCUGGUCCAGCUUUGGCUUCUGCUUCGCCGUCGCCUGGUCCAGCUUUGGCUUCUGCUUCGCCGUCGCCUGGUCCAGCUUUGGCUUCUGCUUUGCCGUCGCCUGGUCCGGCUUCUGCUUCGCCGUCACUUGAUCCGGCUUCGGCUUCAGCUCCGCCUGUCCGUCCUGCUCGGCUUGCUCUGCCUGUCCGGCCGCUUUCCGGGCCGAUGAUUGGGCGUCCUCGCCGUCGUGGACGGCCUCCUGACCUGCUCCGUCGCCGCCGGUGCCUCCCGCCCGGCCGGCCUCCUGAACUUUUUUUUGGACUCUUGGGCCGUCAUCCUCCGGGCCGGCCCCCUGAACUUUGUGUGAAUUGUUUUUCCUGGCAGCCUGUGUGUUUUGUUAUGUUGCUUUCUGGGCUCCGUUGUUUGCGCUUUUUUUUGUUUCUGGCUCCUUGUUUGGUUUGUUUCGAGCCCUCCGUCCUGUUUCCCCCACCGCCCGCCCUGGUUGGGUUGUUUUUCGUUUUUGGUGUUCUGGUUUGGGCUGUCUGGAAGCCAGCCCUUAAGGGGGGGUACUGUUAG